AUGCCUCGAUCCAACCGCUGGCGUAACAUUGAUCGCCUGCUUGGCUUCGAUAGACAUGGCUAUCACUCUCGCCGCCAAUGGGUUCAUGAAGAAGAGCGCGCCUUGCUGCCACAGCUGCGUAAUGAGGAGAUAGACUCUGCCAUUCCACCCGCCGACGUUACCAAAGUAUGCCUCCGACUACGACACCUGGUCCAAGAGUGCGUACCAUGUGAAAUGGAAGAGAGCCGAAUCACCGCACCCCAUAGCCGCAUUAUUACGACCAACGUGAUCCAAGCUGCCAAGGAAGCAGGCGGUCAAGAGUACAAGGGUUGUGUGGUCUACGCUUUACUCGUCAACCAACGUUGGUUCAAUCAUGAAGCAAAUGUUGAGCUUUGGGAUGCUAGUCUGCACAAUCUGCGAGCCGAAGCUUGCGGUGUUAUAGCCAAGGCCCUUAUCGAGGAAGAGGAAGACACGGCGUAUCUUCUGCACUCGGUGCUCCUACGUCGAUACUCGUAUAUUGCAAACGGCAUCCCGACGCCUCCUGUCAAUGUCAUCGAAAAAGCUGUCGAUUUGCAUGCAGUUCGAGUCAUUGGCUCGUCGGGAUACCAAAAAUGCAUCAGCUAUCUCUGGCGCGGCUGGCUCGUGCAGGAUGAGAACGACCCAUCUUUCUUUGUCGACUAUAAUGACAAGGACAAUCCGAAUUUCCUGGUUCAUAUGGAUCCAGAUCGGAUGCGAACCCCUAGAAACCAAAACAUUGCCCAGCUGUUAUUUUCUCUCGUCUAUCUUGCCCUCUUCACCAUUGCCAUCAACUCAGUCAACGCCAGUGGCGUCAUCGACAUUGCCGAAGGAGCCCUCUAUUUCUUUACACUCGGAUACAUAUGCGAUGAGUUGCUCAAGGUCUACAAGGCUGGCUAUCAGAUCUUGGGCUUUUGGAAUGCUUUCAACGCCAUCUUGUACGCGUUUUUGACGGCAUCGUUUAUAUUCCGCAUUGUUGGCCUGACUUUUGCGGAAAAUUCAGAUGGACGUACCCAUUACAGCACGCUAGGAUACAACAUCCUGGCCUUUACCGCUCCGCUGUUUUGGUGUCGUCUCUUGCUCUACUUGGAUAGCUUCAGGUUCUUUGGCGCCAUGCUUGUCGUUCUCAAAGUCAUGAUGAAGGAAUCGGUGAUAUUUUUCGCCUUGCUCAUUGUCAUUAUUAUCGGUUUCCUACAAGCCUUUAUCGGUCUAGACCUCACUGAUGACAACGUUGCCGAUGACGUGUGGUUCAUCAUCGAGUCAAUGAUGAGGGCCAUCCUCGGAAGCCCAGAGUUUGAUGGAUUCGAUGGAUUCGGGCCGCCUUGGGGCGCGAUCCUGUAUUACUGCUUUACAUUUAUUGUCAUGGUUAUUCUCCUCAACAUUCUCAUUGCCCUGUACAAUUCUGCCUACGAGGAUAUAUAUGAGAACGCGGACGAUGAAUAUUUGGCACUGUUCAGCCAGAAGACGAUGCAGUUCAUUCGUGCACCAGAUGAGAACGUCUAUAUUGCUCCGCUCAAUUUGAUCGAGAUUGUUCUCUCAGCUCUCUUUGAGUGGUGGAUGCCCAAGAAGUCGUACGAGUUCAUCAAUGACUGCGUCAUGGGCCUUUUCUACUCACCGCUUCUUUUGAUCAUGGCAAUCUUCGAGACUCGCACGGCGCAUGCUAUUCGUCGUAACCGAGCUCGUGGGGAGGCAGACGACGAUAUCAUUGAAGAAUGGGAACAGCUCGCGCACGACAUUGACUUUGGUGCUGAAGGAUGGGCCAAGACAUGCGAAGCUGUCAAGCCAAAUAUGGAUGAUGACCCAGCCGUUGUUGAGAUCAAGAAACUGCGCGCUGAGCUUGCUGGAUUGAAGUCUAUGCUGGCAGACCUUGGCGACCAUGUUCACUUUCCGACGAGCCAGGAUACCAAGAUUGGGGACGGUAGCGCCUAUGAAUUCAAGCCAUCUUCGGAAACGACUCAUGAGGAAACGGAUCAUGCCCCGAGCACCGGCAAAGACGUGGCACACGACGUAGCAAGCUCAUCUGGCAAAGCCCCGGCGGGGAGCAGCUUCGAAGAGCUAAUUGACCUGGUUGAUGAUUCUGCUAAGCCGUCCAAGGAUUCUGAAGAGGCCACCAAACCAGCGGAAGAAUCUACGCGUCCUUCCGAAGCCGUACCAGAACCAGAGAGUGAAGAUACAUCAUCCAAGGCACCCGAAGUUGCACCUGAAGACCCAUCAUCUGAGACACCUGAAGACACCGCAUCCAAAGCACCUGAAGACGCACCGUUCAAGCCAUCGGAAGAGGCAGCGGUCGAUUCCUCUGAAGAUGCCCCGACUAAGACACAGGAUGAUGUGCAGCUAGAGGACCCUGAAGACGUGCCCUUCAAGGCUCCUGAAGGUGCCCCUCUCGAGACCUCCGAGUACGUUCCCUUUACGGCCCCCGAAGAUCUGCCGUCAGAGGCUGCUGAAGGCGUUCCUCUCGAGACAUCUGAAGGCGCUCCACUUGAGGAGACAUAUGCAGAGGCUGCGGCCAAGGCUCCUGAAGAGGCUGCGCCUGAACGUGUUGAACGUGUCGAGUCUGAGGAAGUCGAAGGCGAUGAUGCCAGCCCUGAGAGUCCAUCUGGCGAAGGCAGGGCAGAGGGCGAACAAGAUCCCAAGCCAAAGGCCAAGAGAAGAAGAAGAAAGAACAAGAACAAGGGGUCGCAAGCCGGCCCGAGCGGCGGUAGCUAA